CGUUCCGAACAUUCGUGGGCACGAUAUGUAUCGAAUUAUCGUGAUUGUUGUGACGGAAACAAUUACCCUGAAAGAAAGUAGUAGUAAUUAUUUUGUAUUAAAAGGAAUUAAUCCUGAAAAUCUAAGCUUUCAAAGUUGGUGGGAACAAUAGGACAUAGAUUUUUUGAAGUGAAUAUGGAAUACAUUCCUGACCUGGAAAAUGCCGGAGACGUGAAAGCAAAAAUAUUAUGUUGCCAGUGUGGUACUCCUAUAGAACCAAAUCCAUCAAAUAUGUGUGUGGCUUGUUUGAGAACACAGGUUGACAUUACUGAAGGGAUCCCAAAGCAAGCAACAUUACAUUUCUGUAAAGGAUGUGAAAGAUAUCUCCAGCCACCAUCUGAAUGGGUUCCAUGUGCUUUGGAAUCACGAGAGCUUCUGUCCCUUUGUUUGAAGAAACUGAAGGGUCUUAACAGAGUAAAGCUGGUUGAUGCUGGUUUUGUAUGGACAGAACCACAUUCAAAAAGAAUAAAGGUGAAGCUGACAGUCCAUGCAGAAGUGUUAGGUGGAGCAAUUCUUCAGCAAGUGUUUGUUGUUGAAUACACAGUUAAUCAUCAAAUGUGUGAUGAUUGUCACCGCUCAGAAGCACAAGAUUAUUGGCGUGCUCUUGUUCAGGUGAGGCAGAAGGCAGAGAAUAAGAAAACAUUCUAUUAUCUGGAGCAACUGAUUCUGAAGCAUAAGGCUCAUGAACAUACACUUGGAAUCAAACCUAUCCAUGAGGGCCUAGAUUUCUUCUAUCCAACAGAAGCAUAUGCCAGAAAAAUGGUGGAUUUCCUGGUAUCUGUGUUACCCUGUAGAUACCAGCACUCCAGGAAGUUGAUAUCUCAUGAUAUCCACAGUAACAUAUACAACUAUAAAUUCACUUAUAGUGUGGAGAUUGUUCCAGUAUCAAAAGACAGUGUGGUCUGUUUGCCACAGAAACUUACAAAUCAGCUUGGAGGAAUCAGCCCUGUAUGUCUUGUACAUAGAGUGACAAAUUUUAUUCACCUCAUAGACCCAGCCACAACACAAAUUGCAGAAGUGAAUAGCACUGUCUUUUGGCGUUAUCCAUUUGACAGCAUAUGCAACCCAAAGCAGAUGACAGAAUACAUUGUUAUGGAUAUUGACCUAAUUUUGAGUAAGGAUCGAAAAACAUUUCCGGGACAAGGAGCAGUUUCCAACAAGCAUAUACUGGCUGAUGUGUGGGUGGUGAAGGCAUCAGAAUUGGGUUUGACUGAAAACACAGUUCAUACUCGAACUCAUUUAGGACACAUCCUGAAACCUGGAGACUCUGCUCUUGGGUAUGCUUUGGGUGAUAGUAACAUUAAUGAUCCCAACUUUGAAAAACUAGACACUAAUAAGAUACCAGAUGUCAUUCUCGUAAGAAAGCACUAUGGUGACAAAGGUGCUAGAAGGCGAUUCCGCAAUUGGAAACUGAAGCACCUUGCUGAAGAGAGCACAAACCUCAACACAGCUACAAAUGACUACCUUGAAUUUCUGGAUGAUCUGGAGGAAGAUCCAACUUAUCGCCAGAACGUGAACAUCUUCCGUGAUAAAAGCAAGGAUCAAAUAGCUGUGGAUGUUGAUGACUUGGGAGAUGAGACUAUUCCUCGUAUUACUCUGGAUGAAAUGCUGGAUGACUUGAACUUGGAAGAUGUACAGAUGCAGGAGACUUAAAUAGAUUAACAACUGUAAUCAUAUUGUCUGGUACAAGUAUAUGUAAAACAGUACUUCUUCCAUACAUUGUGGAUCCAGGGUCAAUCUGUGUUCUGUCAUUGAAGUUCAUUUGUAUCUGAUGUAAUGGUUCUGCCCUGUUUUGUUUCACUUUAUUUUGAUUUCAAAAUAUCCUUGUAAGAUGCUAAUAUUUAGAAAUAUCUGGAUAUUCAUGAGUAGCCACACAUUCCAGCAUCUUUUUGAACAUACAUUGAAAAAUCGUUAUUUUGACUGAUAUUUUUAUAUUUUGCCAGAAUUCCGCUCUCGUAAUAUAGUUUCAAGUCAUCUACUGAAUGUGAUGUUAACUUCAAUAAUAAAAGCUAAAUCUUGUAAUAUAUAAGAACUUUCCAACAGUGAACAUUUAACAGAGGAGAAGUUAUACUGAACUUUCUUCACUCCCAGAGUUCUUCUGUUACAGUGUAUUUUCCUGAACAGAGAUACAGCACAGAUUGACAAGGGGGAACAAGCAAAUGUUAUUCAGUUUCUUUUAAGAGAAAUAAAUAAAUUUAUUGAAACAUGAAAAGAUUAUCAUCCUUUCAACUUCC